CAAUCCAACCAGUAGAAGUAAAAAGAAAAAAGAAAAUGUUGAAAAUGGGUGGAAGCUCGUUCCAGAAGCUUCUGGGCUCAAGAACCCAGGUUUCUCCAUCGUCGGAACCAGAACGUUUUGGGAGCUAGAUUGUGAAAGUUUUUCUUACAUUUCUUGAGCAGAGGCUACUUCCAUCAGAUCUGCUUCCUCUUCUGCUUAUUUCUCCUGAGCCACUGCAUCAGAUCGGCUUCUGUUUUUCUUCCACUACAUCCGGAAAUGGGUACGACUGCUAAGUCUACAGACUCUCUUGCUUUCUUCUUCAAUCAGUUGCGUAUGGAUCCUCGUUUUUCUCAUGCAAGGCUUUCUUUCCAUGCUCUAAAUUAUUAUUAUCGUCGUAGCUUUAGUGCUACUUCUGCUAACACUACCAAUAGUGGUAGAGAUAUUGUGGAAAGCCCCAAUCAGUUCUUGAAAUCUAUGAGAGAUCGAUGCAGAUCUCGAAGCUUAAGCAAUCUUGAUGAUGCCUUGGGCUUGUUUGAUAAAAUGCUUCACAUACACCCUUUGCCUUCCCUCAUGGAUUUUACUCAAUUGUUGACUGCAAUUGCAAGAAUGAAGCAUCAACUGUUAUUACUCUCAUUAAAGAAAUAGAAAUGUCAGGCAUUGCUCCCGAUGUUCAUCCUCUGAGCGUUUUGAUUAAUUGCUUCUGCCAUUUAAGCCGGGUGGAUUUCGGCUUCUCUAUCUUAGCAAGAAUUUUGAAAUUUGGUUUUCAACCGAACUCUAUAAUUCUUAAUACUCUUGUCAAGGAUUCUGUCUUCAAGGUAGAAUUGUUGAAGCUAUGAAGUUUGCUAACAAAAUGGAGAAGAUAGGCUAUAAACCUAAUACAGUUACUUAUGGAACAAUCAUAAACGGUAUGUGUAAAAUAGGUAAGACUAAUGAAGCUAUUGAGUUGUUAAGAAAGAUGGAUGAAAGAAAUCUUGAACUUAAUGUAGUACUGUAUAGCACAAUCAUUGAUAGUUUAUGUAACGACAGAUUAGUAAUUGAGGCUUUGAAUUUUUUGUCUGAAAUGACAAGUAAAGGAAUUCAGCCAAACGUUUUCACUUACAAUUCUUUAAUUCAGGGCCUAUGCAAUUUCGACAUGUGGAAGGAGGCAACUAAACUAUGGAAUGAGAUGGUAGAAAGGAAAAUCAUGCCAGAUGUGCGUACAUUCAACAUAUUGGUGGACACACUUGGCAAACAAGGGACGUUGGAAGAAGCAAAAGAAGUUUUUGAUGUGAUGAUUCGGAGAGGCAUAGAGCCUAACACAAUCACUUACACUUAUUUAAUUGACGGUUAUUGUUUGCAAAAUAGAAUGGAUGAAGCUGUCAAAACAUUUAAUAUGAUGGUUGGAAAGGGUUUGCCUUAUGUUGUUAGCUAUAGCAUACUGAUCCAUGGAUAUUGUAAAAUUAGAAGAAUUGAUGAGGCAAUGAGUCUCUUCUGUGAAAUGACUAACAAUGGCAUGAUUCCUGAUGUUGUCACUUACACCACUCUUAUAGGCGGGUUUUGCCGAGUUGGGAGACUUAAGAAUGCACUAGAGCUACUCCAUGAGAUGCAAGUUUGUGGCCGACAUCCCAAUCCCCUAACUUAUGCUACUUUGUUUGAUGGCGUGUGUAAGAAUCUACACUUUCCAAAGGCAAUGGCAUUGUUUCAAGAGAUAGAAGACAAAAAAUUAGACCUUGAUAUUGUAAUUUACAACAUCUUGAUUGAUGGUAUGUGUAAUGCUGGGAAACUAAUGACUGCAAGAGAACUCUUUAAUACUCUUCCUACCAAAGGUUUCCGAGCUAAUGUUCGGACUUACACAAUAAUGAUCAAAGGGCUUUGCAAAGAGGGACUACUAAAAGAAGCGAGGGUGUUAUUUGAGCAAAUGGAGGAAAAUGGUUGUUUACCUAACCAUUUCACAUAUAACACAAUCAUCCAAGGCUUCUUGCAACAUAAUGAGAUAUCAGGUGUAGUGAAAUAUAUCAAGAUGAUGGUUGACAAAGGUUUCUCGGCAAAUGCGACCACUGUGACCAUUUUGAUCAACUUGUUGUGUACUAAUCAGAUAGAUAAAACAUUACAAGAUUUUUUUCAAAAAUCUGUGUGAAAGCUUUCUAGUUCUUCAACAUGCAGGACAAAAUUUCAUAUUCCAACCUUUACGGUCCCAAUUUGUAAGGUACAAAAAUAGUUGCUGCAAGUCAUUAAGGUCAUAUUUUCCUUCAUGUCUUUUGGACUACUGUUGUGUAUUGCUAUUCUUAUUUUGUUAUCUUUUCUUACAAUUAUCUGUAAGCCU